GAAAAUAUGACAGAACGCCGCUUAGCGUGUGACGGCGUUGUUAUGCGACGCGAACGCGCUGACGUCAGACGUUGUUUGUUGUUGUUGCUGGGUGGCCGCUGAGAGGGGAAAGAUGGCGGCCCACUGGAGCAGCGAGAACGUGGUGGUGGAGUUUCGGGAUUCGCAGGCAACAGCGAUGUCUGUGGACUGUCAGGGGCAGCACGCCGUGCUUUCCAGUCGGCGGUUUCUGUACAUUGUGAAUUUGGACACGCCCACGGAAGGUCAGCGCAAAAUCUCCCGGCAGAGCAAGUGGGACAUCGGCACGGUGCGGUGGAACCCCCAUGACAGCUACGGACAUUUCUUUGCUGCCUCUAGUAACCAACGAGUGGACCUGUACCAGUGGAAGGAUGGGACGGGGGACAUCGCCACAUCUCUGCAGGGACACACUCGUGUUAUCAGUGAUCUGGACUGGUCAGUGUUUGAGCCGGAUGUUCUGGUCACCAGUUCCAUCGACACGUACAUUUACAUCUGGGACAUCAAGGAUACGAGGAAACCAACCGUGUCCUUGUCAGCUGUAGCUGGUGCCUCCCAAGUGAAGUGGAACAAAAAGAAUGGGAAUUUACUGGCCACAAGCCAUGAUGGAGAUGUUAGGAUCUGGGAUCGCAGGAGACCGAGCACUGCUGUAGAGUACAUUGCUGCCCACUUAUAUAAAAUCCAUGGACUGGACUGGCAUCCUGAUAAUGAGCACAUCCUGGCCACCUCCAGCCAGGACAACUCUGUAAAGUUCUGGGAUUGGCGGCAGCCCCGGAAAUGUUUCAGCGUCCUGGCCUGUCAAGUUCCUGUGUGGAAGGCUCGCUACACGCCCUUUAGCAACGGCCUUGUGACGGUUAUGGUCCCCCAGCUGCGGAGGGAGAACAGUCUUCUUCUCUGGAACGUCUUUGACCUUCAAUCUCCAGUUCAUAUCUUUGUGGGACAUGACGAUGUGGUCCUUGAGUUCCACUGGAGAAAGCAGAAAGAAGGACAGAAGGACUAUCAGCUGGUGACCUGGUCCCGGGACCAGACAUUACGUCUGUGGAGGGUGGAUGCCCAGCUUCAGCGGCUGUGUGCUAAUGAUGAGAUCAUGGAUCUAGUUGAAGGGCUGAUAGAUGGAAUGUCUAUAAUGCCAGAUCAAACGUCUAUGCAGCCUCAGGAACAGAUCCCUGUCCCUUCAGAAGAAGAAGUUGCGUUUUCUGAGGAUUCACCAUCUGUGCCGGUAACGGUGGGUGAUGCCGAGCAAUCCAGCCUCCCCCAGACACUUCAGCAGGAAUUUUCCCUGAUCAAUGUACAUAUUCGCAACGUCAACAUUGAGAUGGAUGCCAUGAAUCGAUCCUGUACUGUCUCAGUCCGCUGCGGCAAUCACCGGGUACGGAUGAUGGUCAAGUUCCCAGUUCAGUAUCCCAACAAUGCCGCUCCUUCAUUCCAGUUUGUCCCUCCCACCACCAUCACAUCUGCCAUGAAAGUGAAGCUGCUGAAGAUCCUGAAAGACACAUCUCUGCAGAAGGUCAAACGCAACCAAAGCUGCCUGGAGCCCUGCCUGCGUCAGCUGGUGUCCUGUAUGGAGAGCUUUGUGGACCAGGAAUCCAGUCCUUCGGACAACCCCUUCUCCUUGCAGAACCCUGUUACUCCACCACUGCCAACGUUUGCCCGGGUGACCAAUGCCUAUGGUUCUUACCAAGAUGCCAACAUCCCUUUUCCUCGAACAUCAGGCGCUCGCUUCUGUGGAGCAGGUUAUCUGGUGUACUUCACACGACCAAUGACCAUGCACAGGACGGUAUCUCCUACAGAGCCCACGCCAAGAUCCCUCUCCGCUCUGUCCGCCUAUCACAACGGAGUUCUCGCGCCUAUGAAAAUCCGUACGGAGGCUCCUGGGAACUUGCUGCUGUAUGGAGGCAGCCCCACCCGUAGUGAGAAGGAACAAGUGUCCAUCAGUUCAUUUUAUUACAAGGAGAGGACAACCCCGCUGUCUGCACGCCGGCGCUGGUCCAUCCAAGUGAUUAACGACUUCCCGAAAUCUCGCCGGUGGAAAUCCAAGAGGGAGAGCAGCGACUCCGGCUCCCGGCCAAUCAAAGCAGCCGGGAAAGUGAUCAUACAAGAUAUUUCCUGUCUGCUGACCGUGCACAAAGCCCUGGGAGAGAUGUACAUAUUGAACCGCGGUAACCUCCAGGAGAUGUGUCAGAAGAAUGCAGCUUCAGCGCUCAGCGUCGGCCGCAGGGAUCUGGUGCAGGUUUGGGCUUUGGCUGCUGCUGCUAAUGAUAUGUGUCUGACCCCCAAAUCCGACCCCGAUGCAGAAACUCCCUGGGCACAUCACCCAUUCGGUCGCCAACUGCUGGAAUCGCUGCUGGCCCAUUACUGCCACUUACACGAUGUCCAGACCUUGGCCAUGCUGUGUAGUAUGUUUGAGGUCAAUCUCCAACCACAAGGCAAUGGCGUCUCCUCCUGCCACCCGUUCCCUUCCCGCUCCAGUCACAGACGAUAUCCCAGUUUCACGUCCUCCGGUUCAGGGUCCAGCAUAUCAGAUCCAGGCUUUGGUACCGGCGGCUGGAGCGGUGGCGGACAAGAUGGCGACCACGCAGUGCCAUGGGGUGACGCUUCUCCUGAUGACUACCGAUAUAGCAAUAUUAACUAUGUAGACCCUCGGGAACGGGAGAAAGAACAGCAUGACAAGAAUAAAAGAAUCUUGGACCCAGCGAAUGCACAGCAGUUCGAUGACUUUAAGAAGUGUUAUGGAGAGAUCUUGUACCGCUGGGGUCUGCAAGAGAAGAGGGCAGAGGUUCUAAAAUUUGUCUCGUGCCCUCCAGAGCCACAUCGCGGCAUUGAAUUCGGAGUCUAUUGCAGCCACUGCCGUAGCGAGGUGCGGGGAACGCAGUGCGCCAUCUGCAAGGGAUUCACCUUCCAGUGCGCCAUCUGCCACGUUUCUGUCCGGGGCUCCUCCAACUUCUGCCUCAGCUGCGGUCACGGAGGACACACAUCGCACAUGCUGGAGUGGUUCAGCACACAGGAAGUCUGCCCAACCGGCUGCGGCUGCCAUUGCCUGUUGGAGAGCACCUUCUGAGGGUCUUGAGCGACUGCGCAGAGCGCCUUUAAUAAAGACUUCACCUGAAUGAUCCGUUCACAAUCGUGUCUCCUGCCGAGGAUCCAACUUUAGGAGAUUUUGUGGUUGGCACAAACUGGAUCCCCUGUGUGUGUCUCCAGGUCUGGGUUUGCGCUCCUUAGUCCGGGUCUGGGUCCGCGCUCCUUAGUCCGGGUUUGGAUCCGCGCUCCUUAGUCCCGGUUUGAAUCCGCGCUCCUUAGUCCGGGUUUGGAUCCGCGCUCCUUAUUCCGGGUCUGGGUUUGCGCUCCUUUGUUCCGGAUGUGGGUUUGCGCUCCCUAGACCGGGUGUGGGUUUGCGCUCCCUAGUCCGGGUGUGGGUUUGCGCUCCCUAGUCCGGGUGUGGGUUUGCGCUCCCUGGUCUGGGGGACAUGCAUCGAAUUAUCUGACUUCAGGGAAGUUUUAGAAUUGCCUCCAUAUUUUUGGGGGGGCUGAAAGAGACCUUGACUUCAUGGAAUUUGCCAAUGUGAAGGUGGGGUCCUGAGUGGCUACCAACAUCUCUAGAUUAAUAUAUUCUGCUGUAUAUAGAUUUUAUUGGCCGCCAUCGACCAGCUCCUGGUGUUAGUUCCAGGACAAGCAAGGACGUGAUGCUGCGAGGAUUUGGUUUGCUGAGGGAUGCUUAAAAAUCCGGCAAACGCAAUAUCCAUCAGUGAGAUCAUCAGAUGUUUUUUCACCUUAAUGCAUAGAUUCGGAGAGUCGCGUGUCGUUCCGUGUGUCAGCGGCUCCCCCGCACCCUCUGGCCAAAUGCGGUACUGCACGCCCCAUUAGCUUGCAUUCUGAGACAAAACACUCGCAAACCGAGUUGGGAUUUAAAAAAGCAAAAAAGUUGCUCGUUAUUCCAAACGCUCGUUAACCGCGUUACUCGUGAACCGCGGUUCCACCGUAUUGGAUUGUUGCCGCUCUCACUUUGCAAUAUUUGUACGAAGCGCACUGACAUUUAUGUACAGCCGGAUUUCUCUUGUUGUUAUAUUGAAAAACUUUAAUAAAAUAUCAAUAAAAGAGAAAAGUUUGUUUUGGGAAUAACAA